AUGCACAUACCUCCACCAGCUGAACAUUAUUCUUCAUCUGCACCUCCAACUGAAUCCGUAUCGGACUACCAACUCUCCGAAGCAAACGAGCCCCCUAAUGACAGAGCUCGAAAAACAGAACGGACAGUCGUUUAUGAAACGGAUGCAGAUACAGACUACGGAGAGUCCGACAAUGAAUAUUCAAACAGAGACUCUUUGACACCAUCCCCGGAGAAACAAGUUCAAGCAAUCGGUACGCAGAAGAUACAUAAUGUCCAGGGGUCGCCCGAAGAUGAUUCACAGGUGCUACCGCUGCCAGAUGUACCGUCUAGCUCUGGCUUGAAAUAUCUCCCUAGCGAUGACGCUCCUCCAUCCGAGCCCCCGAUGUCUGAUGCGUCGGCGUACUAUCAUAGAAUGCAUGCAGCGACACAGUUUCCGCACGAGCCAAUUCCAUCUCUCAGUACACAGAAACUGGCCGAACUCUUUCCCCAGGAGGACAGCCCACAGUCCGCCAAGCUGGAACCAUGCAAAACUUCUUCUCAAAUUCCACGGUCGGGCCCAUUCCACCAAACGCAAACACAAAGUCAGGGAGAUAAAGAAUCAACUGAAAUGGUUCCCGAGUCAUCUCCCACUCGAGAAAGGGAGUCUCAGACCGAAGCAAGUGAGCCUCUAUUCCAACGACCUCGCGCUCCAGACUCGGUAGUUCAAGUGGAAUCAUCUCAAGCGGUGGAUCGCAAGUGGCCAGGACGGGUUCUAUCUCGAAGCCAGCUUCUCACGUCGAGUGUAAUGGAGAGUGUACCGCUACCGACCUUUUGGAUGAACAGCCAGGACAGUGUCGGAGAGCCAUAUAGUUUACCUGAAAGUUGA